CCCAACCAAAAAAAAGGACAAUGGGAUCGAUCUCGACGACAAAGAUUCCGGUGCUUGAUUUCACGAACCAAGACCUGAUACCGGACACGCCCUUAUGGGUCUCCACCUCCGUGGAAGCCUGCAAAGCCCUCGAGGAGUACGGCUGCUUCGUCGCCGUUUACGGCGGAGCUCCGCCACAUCUCGCGGGCGCCGCCUUUUCCGCGGCGGAGGAGCUCUUCUGUCUCCCGACAGAGACCAAACGCAAGAACGUCAACGACAAGCCGUACCAUGGCUACGUCGGUCAAAUGUCCGUAAUCCCUCUUCACGAAGGCCUUGGAAUAGAUUAUGUCACCGACAGAGAUCAUGUCCGGAAGUUCACUGAGCUCAUGUGGCCACAAGGGAAUGAUCCCUUCUGUGAAACCGUCUACUCUUUCUCGAACGCUAUUGCUGAAUUGGACCGUCUAGUCGUGCGGAUGAUAUUCGAGAAUUAUCGUGUCGGAAAAUACUACGAAUCCCACAUCGGAUCCAAGACUUACCUCCUCAAGUUUCUCAAGUAUUCUCCUCCACCGGAGGCUAACCCUACUCCAGCUUUCCCAAUGCAUACCGACAAGACAUUCCUAUCGAUACUUCGCCAGAACGACGUUAACGGGUUGGAGGUGAAAUCAAAAGACGGGGAAUGGAUCGCCCUGGAACUCCCUCCCAAUUCGUACGUCGUAAUGGCAGGCGAUGUCAGCAUGGGAUGGAGCAACGAUAGGAUACGUUCUUGCGAACAUAGAGUGACGAUGAGCGGGAACAAGAAGAGAUACACGCUAGGCCUAUUCUCGUUCGUUACGGGAACAAUCUCGGUCCCCGAAGAGCUUGUGGACGAGAAGGAUUAUCCGCUCAAGUACAAGCCUUUCGACAAUAUCUCUCUCAUAGAGUUCUAUGCCACCGAUGAAGGGCGUAAAGCCGAGAACACUCUCAAAGCAUAUUGCGGAGUCUGGUAAAUUCGCUAUCAUCAGACACAGAGAUUUGUCUUAAAGUGUUUUAUGUGUAUCUGUUUGUUGUAAUAUAUGCUCUCUUGUAAUGUAUAAGCUUGAUGUGAUACAUUUCCCAAACUAUAUGAAAAGGCAUUUGAAAUC